AUGCUCAACAAAAUUGAGGCAGAUGCUAAGAAGAUUAAUGAACUUGAACUUGAUCUAGAUGAUCAGAGGAAAUCUCGAGCUGAUUAUCAGUACAAGGCUCGUACACUUGAGAGUGAAGUGCAGAGGAUAGCACAUCAACUUAAUAAGGAUUCGUUUGUUGUUGUGCUAAUUGAUGGCGACGGGGCUAAAUUUCAAGACGAAUUCUUGCGUGAUCCUAGUGGUGGUGCCGAAAGGGCUGCAUUAAAGCUCAAGCAUGCCGUUCGAGAGAAUCUUAGAGAUUCGGGAGUCUCACAAGAUGAUAUUCCUAUUCUUGUCCGAGCCUAUGCUAAUCUCAAUGAUCUGUCUAAGUCGUUACGCCUCUCGAGAAUUAUUGAAUAUGAUGAAGAUAUGCGCUUGUUCGCCGAACGCUUCACCAACAGCCGUGCGGACUUUGACUUCGUAACGUCGGCAAGGGCAAGGAGAAUGCCGACUCUAAAAUAA